AAAAGAGUAAAUUAUUUUUUAAUUUAUGGGGUUUUAUUUUUAGAAUAAAUGAAUGAAUUAGGAUUGAUAUAUAAAUAUCAAAUACAAACAAUUUAUUAUUCAGUACCAUUAUAAUCUAGUGAGCUACUGAUAGAUUUUAUUAAUAUACUCGAAAAAAUUUCAACAAUAGUUGUAAGUUACAUUAGGUCCAGUAUGGAUAUUGAGAUAAAAGAUGCAUCUGAUGUAGGUGCAGAGUUUAAAAGGCCUACGUUGUUUAAAAAACCUUCCAAAAAGGUUGCAGCAGAUGCGGAAAAGUUUGGAAAUGUUACUGAGAAAGAGAUUGAAAGCCAAGAAACUCCGGUUCCGGUUUCCUCUGAAAUACCCUACAAGGUGCCAACUUGGUCAGGUUUAUGUCCUGAAGGUACAAGUUAUGGUCUUGAAGUGCUCAAGUCUGGUAUGAUUUUGCAGACGAUAAACUUGACAAGUAAACCAUAUUAUGUUUUUGGAAGAUUACCUAAUUGUGAAGUUAUCAUGGCUCAUCCAACUAUGUCUCGCUAUCAUGCAGUACUUCAAUAUAAAUCUUCAGAAAGCGACGAACAACCCGCAGGCUGGUAUCUAUAUGACAUGGGCAGUACACAUGGCACAUUUCUAAACAGACAGAGAAUAAAGGACAGACAUUAUGUAAGAGUGAGAGUUGGGCACCAAAUCAAAUUUGGGGCUAGCUCUAGGAUUUACAUCAUGUUGGGACCAGAUUUUGAUGCUGAAGGUGAAUCCAGUUUAUCAGUCACUGAAAUAAAGAAGAGAGCUGCAGAAAUGGUUUUAGAAAGACAAAGAAUGCUAAUUGAAGAUGAAGGUCACAAAGAAUUGAGUAAAGAGUUGAGAAAUGAAAAAGAAAAGGAAUUACAAAUUGCUGCUAUCAAAGAACGAGAGGCGGCUAGGUUAAAAGAGGAAGCUAUAAGGAAAGAAAAAGAAAAGUUAAAAGAGAAGGAUGGAAUUGACUGGGGAAUGGGUGAUGAUGAAGAAGAAGAAGAACCUGAUCUCACUGACAAUCCAUACGCAUCUACUGCUAAUGAGGAACUAUAUCUACAGGACCCAAAGAAAACCUUACGUGGCUUUUUUUCAAGGGAGGGUAUUGAAUUGGAGUAUGAUUGCGUGGAGCAAGGUGUUGGACAAUUUGCUUGUAGUGUGGAGUUACCAAUAGACGACGCUCAAGGGCGGCCAGUGAUAGCUGAAGUGGUACAUCGCGGUAAGAAAAAGGAUGCAGUGGUGGCAUGUGCAUUGGAGGCCUGCCGAAUAUUGGACCGGGUGGGCCUGUUGAGACAAGCCAAACAUGAAUCGCGUCGCCGCAAAGAACGCGACUGGGGUGCAGAUGAUUACUAUGAUUCUGAUGAUGAUACUUUCUUCGACCGCACUGGCAAUGUGGAGAAGAAAAGACAAACUCGCAUGGAGAAAUUAGGAGUGACGUCACAGUCAAAUAAACCACUCACUUAUAAUGAACUGGUACACAAAAUAGAGGAACUAGAGUCAAAGUUAACAAAAGAAGAGGUGUCUAUAAAAACUAUACGAGAGGAAAUGAAACAGAAUACACAAUAUGAGGACAGUUUAGAUGACUACAUGAAGACAAUAGACGCAAUACCAAAUUACCAUCAAUCUACUGAACACAAGGAGAUGAUUUCUAAAUCUAAGUUAAAAAUUAAAGAAUUGCAAGCAGAAUUGACAGAAAUGCGCAGACUUGCCGAGAUUGCGAAACCUACAGAUUUACCAGAACUUAUCAAACAAGGUCCCAGUAUUCCUAUGAAAAAAACCAAUUCUGUUAUCUAUGGAAAGAGGAUACGCUUAAAAGGUGAUAUGAUGAAAAAACUUCCAGUUAAUCAAGUAAAAGUGAACAAACAAGACACACAAGAAUUUGUUGAAGAAGUUGACUCUGAUGAUGAAGCUUCAAACAAUAUAAAAGAUUCUACUGAUAGAGAAACAUUAGAGAUUAGUAAUGAUACAAAACUUACUACUACUGUAGACACUUCUGAUAGAAAAACAUCUAACAGUGUUAAACCUUCAAAUAGUAAUUCUAAAAUGGAAAUAUCUAACACAGAAAGUGACCUUUCUGGCAGUAUAAGCAUUCCUGAUAAAGAGAAAAGUCCUUCAAGUACAAAUCACACUGAAAGUUCAAAAGAAAGUAAUGUAAGAAAGAAAAUGUAUGGUCCAAUGAAACCUCCAGCUGACUAUGUAAUACCAGAAAAUUAUUUUGAUCAAGCUUCAGAUAGAGAUUUACCAGAAAUUGUAGAUGAUAAGGAUACUUAAUAAAAUGUUUUGAAGCAGCAUUUUAAUAUAUUAUAUACA